CAGAACUCAGGGUAAAAUGGCUGCAGUUCACCCAUAUCAACGAGUUCUGCUUGCAAAUCGCGAUAUCUUGCUAAGCGAAUUGCCUACAGAUCGAGUACUUGAUUUUCUGGAAGAGCGUAAUGCUCUCAGUGUCAAGGAAAUUGAUGACAUUAAAAUCGGUCGCAGUCAACGAGAAAGAAUAGAGAGUUUGUUGGACGUACUGCACUACAAGGGGGAAAGAGUGUUCAACGAAUUUUGCAGAGCUUUGGACGAAUAUUCUCCUAAAUUAGCGGCAAGAAUGUCGGACAAAGAUCCACAGGCCGAYCAGAGAGAUAAAUACUACAACGAGCGAAACUCAAGCUCACGGUAUAGCUCGACAUAUUCAGACCACGAUCGCGGCUACAGAGAAAUAAACGGGGACGAUUUUCAUCGUGAUUUUGAUCGUGACAGAGACGARAGGGACAGCAAGCCUUCCGACAUGAGAGGCGAACCAGAGCCGCAUUACGCGCAAGUAAAUAAAAGACCUAGGGACAUGGAUAGAGUUGCCGACGACAACAGAUCAGUAGGUUCACAUCACAGUCGACACAGUGAAAGAGGUGGACGUGGUGAUGACUAUUACAGAAAAACUCCUCGKAGAGCUGACGAGCUCAACCCUGCAGAGCACUACAUACUUGAAAAACAGACAAUCCACCUUGAAAAGGCUAAUGCUAAUCAAGGGUUUGGGAUUGCGGUGUCAGGAGGAUUAGAUAAUCCGCACUAUAAGACUGGUGACACUUCUAUAGUUGUYUCUGACAUUGUGACUGGCAGCCCUGCUCAUGGCUUAUUAAGAGACAAUGAUAUCAUUGUACAAGUGAAUGAUGUGAAUGUGGAACACUGCUAUCACAGAGAUGCUGUGCAAGCACUCAAAGAUGCUGGUACCAGUGCACGCUUGAUAAUAAAGAGACGCAAGAUAAUGCCUCCUGGUGCCAUACCAAGCGAAAGCAAAAUGGACCGCUCAUAUCACGCAGCAACACUUCCUGAAAGAAGAAGUAAAUCAGGUCCUCCUACAUCARUCAUUCACCUCAAGAAACCAGAGAAAGAAGGAUUUGGUUUCUCCAUGGCUUUCCGUUUGUACAUCAAAGAUGUGAAGCGAAAAGGAGCUGCACAYUAUGGUGGAUUGCAACGAGACCAUGUUAUCCAAAAGAUUAAUGGAAGGAAGACUGAAGAACUCAGCUUAAAAGAAGCCAUAGACAUGGUGCGCAAUUCACAAGACUUGGAGCUUGUUGUAGCUGARAAGAAGUUAGAUAGGUACUCCAGUACAAAGUCUCUGCCAUCAGUUGGAAAGAAAGGAUAUGAAAAUGGAUUUGAUGGUCCAAAAGACGAGGAGCCAUUAGACAGAAGGCGUGCAAAGUCCUUGGAUAGACAAUACAUUAGAGAUCAAAGACGUGCCAGGCGUCCAAGUGAUAGUGACAAAGGGAAGGAAGAUGGCGACAAACCUCUACAUGAUGGUUUAAGCAUCGAGGCACCAACUGUAGAACUUGAAAAACCCAUUGAGCACAACUUUGAAAAUGACAUUAAACCAGUCGAGGUUAAACAGGAAUUGAGGAAUGCACCUGAAGARUUAUUCAAAGCAUUGGAGAGUGAUAAACCACCAGAGGCUCCAGUUGUUGUCAAGCAGGAGGUUAAAGUAGAGGAAUCCGUGCCAGAUAUCCCUCCAAGGCGCUACAGUGAUCCUGAACCACCCAAGCUUGAUGAAGCAGACAAAGGCAUGGAACCUUCAUGGAAGCGUCUUGCACCUUCCCGUGAUGAUGAUCGUGACAGUGACAGAGGACGUGAGAGUGAAAGACACCGUGAUGAUGAUAGAGACCGUUAUCGUGGUGAUGAUAGAGACCGUUAUCGUGACGGUGGUCGAGAUCAAGAGGAGAAUCAGCCUUAUGUACCUCAACCUGCUGAUGUUACACGUACUGCAGGCCAUGUAGAUCUCACUAUGAAUUCCUGGGAUCAGGGUUUGUCGCCUGGUCGAGGACGAUCAGAUGACCACUCCCGAGGUAGUACCCCUCAAAGUCAAAGGAAAGAAAAACCGGCUGAUUUCAUCCAUGACAGGGACACCAAAUCCAUCUUGUUCCGUAAGGAGGGUAGUCUUGGUAUUCAAAUUCAAGGAGGAAACAAAGUUGGCAUCUUUGUUAAUGCUGUUCGUGAGAACAAUCCUGCUUAUAAGCAAGGCCUACGACGUGGUGAUCAAAUCUUGAUGGCAAAUGACAUUGACUUCAAAGACAUCACACGAGAAGAAGCAGUUCUGCUUCUAUUGUCCCUUGGUGAUGAAGUGUCCUUGUAUGCAAGGCCCAAAAUGUCAACUUAUGAAAGAAUCAAGAACAGCCCUGGAGACUCCUUCUACAUUAAAUGUCAUUUUGACUAUAUUAAAAUGAAGCCAGAGGAGUUAGACAUGAACUGUGAGGAUGUGUUUCAUGUUUGGGACACUAUGCACAAUGGCAUGAUAGGAUCCUGGCAUGCACAAAGGGUCACUCUUAGCAAUGAUGAAACAGAAACUGGUAUMAUUCCCAACAAAUGCAGAGCUGARCAGCUUGCAACAGUCCGCCAAGUUGAAGAAGACAAAACMCCAAAGAAAGCACAGCGUACACACUCCCUGAAGAGAAUCAAAGAUGCAGGRCUUAAGAAGCACAAGUCCACUGAUAGACUAGACACAGAAUCUUUUUCCAAUGUGUCGAGAGAGUUCAAGUUACCUGCAUAUGAGCGAGUUAGCCUUCGUAGUCCUGGUUUUGUGCGUCCUGUCGUGCUUCUUGGUCCAAUUGCGGACAUCACAAGAGACAAACUUCUACAGGACAUGCCAGAUGUAUUUGCUGUUCCAACUGCAUUUGGAGGAACGCUACCRGACGGCAUCAAAAAUCCUUUGAAUACGUCACGCAGAACAAUCAACUAUGGCUCAAUCAAAGCAGUUGUUGAUAGUGGCAAGCACUGUGUAGUUGAUAUUGCACCUGACGAGGUUGAAAGGCUUAAUUACUGUCAGUUUUACCCGAUUGUGAUCUUCCUGAAGGCUCCAAAUAAGACUGCUCUCAAGGAUUUGCGUACACAACACGGUUCGACAGCUAAGAAUGUAAAGAAAAUGUACGACAACUCCGUGAAAAUAGAGAAUGUCUAUUCCAACAUGUUCUCUGCCACCAUUCCUGCCAAUGGAGAUUGGUACACCAGGGUCAAGGAAGAAAUACGUCGACAGCAAGAUCGACGCGUUUGGAUGUCUGAAGACAAGUUUGAAGACGAAGAUAUGGAGUUCCGUUUGCAUCCAAGUCGUUAUUCCACUGGCCAUGAGUACGAUCCACAUAACGAUUCUCCAACGAAUCGUUCAAGUGUUUCACAUCCACCAGAUGAAGAAAUCCACGUCCAAUCAACCAAAGAACUAGAAAGUACUCCAACACAGAUGUACAAUGGACCGGAAGUAGAAUAUCGUCCCUAUGAAGAUGAUCGUAACCGACCUCGAUAUGAUGAAGGACGUGGUCGCUAUGACGACGARAGGGACCGAGAUCGUGGUCGCUAUGACGACGAGAGAGACCGAGAUCGUGGUCGUUAUGAUGAUGAAAGGGACCGAGAUCGUAGUCGCUAUGACGACGAUAGGGAUCGUGGUCGCUAUGACGACAGGGAUCGUGAUCGUGGUCGAUAUGACGAUGAUCGUGGUCGCUAUGGUGACGAGAUUCCAUAUGAUAGUGACGUAGACCGUGCAAGUAAGCCAGGGUACAAGCCUGUUGGAAAUGUUGUCAAAGUUCUUCCCUCUUCACAAGAACCUGGUGAGUUGAGACAAUCUCUGCGGAAAACACGUCCAACAUCACAGGACUUUGCCGACCAUCCACCAGACUUACGUGAUGGAGACGAUAUGACUGGACGAGAAGGCCUGAGGAAGAGUGACUAUGAGCCUCGAUAUGAUGGGCCAAACCCUAGUGAACUUGAGCUGAAGUAUACGGCUGAAUCAUUGCGUAAAGUUGAAGCCAAGCCCGAUCUUUUGGAUCAAUAUGAUGAGCGAGUUGGAGUCAAAGUAUCAGAACUGUUUGCUAUCGACAAAGAGUUACAGCGAGAUCGUGGUCCACCUAAAGGAGACAGACAGAUACAACCAGUGGAAGUGGCCCCUGUUCAGAGCAAACCUGAUGACUUAGACAUUAAACUUCGGGAACUGGAAAACUCUAUUCCAAAAUCAAAGCCCCUGGAACCAGCACCAAAGCCUCGAUUUGAAUCGAAAACACGCAAUGUAAUAAUCGAUAAUCGAUCGGGAGGUCGUCCGACGUCCGAAGUACGCACGACGUUUUACCCUCGGAAUACSUUUGCUACAGUGACACACGUAUCGAGCAAAUCGGAGCCGGAAGUUCGUGCACAGGUCGUUGAUCGUAUAGARAGUGCUCCUGUGGAGAAUGGUUAUCGCAGCUUACCUCACAGCUAUGGUAGAAGAACCGAACCUGUGUACCGCACUGAAUAUACUUUACCUAGYAGCAGGAAACCAGAAAGACCAAAAUCAGCGUACGGAUACUCAUCUCAGGCUUAUGCACCUAAACCAUAUGGUACUGAACAACGAUCAGCAUCCCCGCCACCUCGCCCUGCACAGCCUACCAAUUACGAUUAUAGACUUUCCAAACAAAUWCGUGAACCCGAACCUCGUCCGGGAACAUAUCGAUCAGAUUACAGACCUAAGGACUAUGAUUCGUACAGAGAUGAAUCUCAAGUAAUCACAAGUGACUUCGAGUCUCUUGAUGACGAUACCCAAGUAGUGGCCACAGCACGAGGAACCUUCACAUCAGAGGGGGGUGUUYUAUCAUCUCCAGAGACYGGUGUUAGUAUUCAUAUCCCUCAAGGUGCAAUUGAACCUAAUAAAGAACAAGAAAUUUACUUUAAAGUCUGCAAAGAUAAUAAUAUCAUGCCACCAUUGGAUGCUGACAAAGGCGAGACUCUUCUUAGCCCAUUGGUGAUGUGUGGACCUCAUGGCACUCAAUUCUUAAAACCAGUGGAACUUCGACUUCCACAYUGUGCGUCUAUGACACCAGAUGGCUGGUCAUUUGCACUCAAGUCUAGUGACACACCAUCAGGAAUGCCAACRUCCUGGAAAAACGUCUCUCUUCCUGGACAAGAGAACAAAGACAAGUGUCAGGUGGAUCCCAACAGCGUCUCUGUACUUGUUGAUCAUUUUUGAAUUCUCCUAACAUUAACAAUUCUAUAGCCCUGCCCUACCCCCCUUCAUAGUCUAUAUUUUUAUAGUCGGUCACAGGAAGCCCAACACAGCACGGUUUUCAUUCUGGAAGUAUACAAACCUUCAGGGUUUUAAGAUUUUUAUAAUAAACGUACUUUACACCGGGCUUCCUGUGCUAUACUUAAAUGGUUAAAAAUGAAAAAAAAACUUCUUAAUGAAAACAAUGAUUGAAUAAGUAUUUUAUCACAAUGGAAAUUGUAGUAUGUAGAUUACGUGACGCCAAGUCACGSCAUAACGUGACAUGAAUUACRUCACUUCRUAACGCAAGCAAUCUGUUCGUGAAGUCAGACGAACUUAUAAGAAUCUAAAUAACUGUUUUAUACACUAAACGCAGCCRUAUUGUUGUUGGGCAUUAUGUGCCAGUUCUUUUUAUACUUCUAUAGUAAAUUAGUUUGCUCAAAUAGCAGCGAAAAUUCUAGUGGUUUAAUGUAUUCUUUAGUUUUCAAUGUAACCAUUUACCAAUGUGUUAUAAUGAUAUUGUAAAAGUUGAUUGUAAUCAAUAAAAUAAUUGCAGGAGAGUAAAGUUG